AUGUCACGUUACAGAGGGCCUCGUUUCAAAAAAAUACGUCGUCUGGGGGCUUUACCAGGACUAACUAGUAAAGGGCCUACAGUUGGAAGCGAACUUAAAAACCAAUCGCGCUCGAGUAAAAAGUCUCAAUAUCGUAUUCGUUUAGAAGAAAAACAAAAAUUGCGUUUUCAUUAUGGUCUUACAGAACGACAAUUGCUUAAAUACGUUCGUAUCGCUGGAAAAGCGAAAGGUUCAACCGGUCAAGUUUUACUACAAUUACUUGAAAUGCGUUUGGAUAACAUACUUUUUCGAUUGGGUAUGGCUUCGACUAUUCCUCAAGCCCGUCAAUUAGUUAACCACAGACAUGUUUUAGUUAAUGGUCGUAUAGUAGAUAUACCAAGUUAUCGUUGCAAACCCGAAGAUAUUAUUACAGCGAAGGAUGAACAAAAAUCUAGAACUCUGAUUCAAAAUUCUCUUGAAUCAGCCCCCCGCGAAAAAUUGCCAAUCCAUUUGACUCUUGAUCCAUUCCAAUAUAAAGGAUUAGUCAAUCAAAUAAUAGAUAGUAAAUGGGUUGGUUUGAAAAUUAAUGAAUUGCUGGUUGUAGAAUAUUAUUCUCGUCAGACUUAA